AUGGCAACAAAUCAUCCUCAGGUACGGGUCACUAAUGCUAACGUUGUUGCGGGUAAUGGCCUUGUCGCACAGCAAAACUUCAAGAAAGGCGCUCUCAUUCUCGACGAAAACGCAUUUUUCCAAUGCGACACACGCAAGCAGCCCGAGGAGCAGAAUAGGGAAGUCAUCGCUUUCUAUGACGAAGAGGUCAACAAAACUACUGCGCGUUUGACGACCGCAUACACACAGCUAAGCUGGCAAGAUCGAGAAGCCUUCCACAAGCUCUACACUUCGAAGACCAGGGCUACAGACGUCGAGCACCUUGUAGAUCGUUGUCGGUACAACGCUUUCAACUUCCGUGAUUAUACCGGUGUAGGUAUCCAGCACACCCGCCUAGUUGUCUAUCGCACGAUAUCCUUCGCCAACCAUUCGUGCAUCCCCAAUGCAGUACUUUACAUCGACGAGAAUGGCGCAGAUCUUAAAGGUUAUGCCCGACUGGUUGCUACACGACAGAUAGACGCUGGUGAAGAGAUCCUGAUCAACUACAUCGCGGACGAUUGGGAAAAGAGCAGGGAUGCUCGCCAAGCAGCACUGAUGCUAGGAUGGGGCUUCGACUGCAGUUGCAAAGCAUGUGCGCCUGCGCUCGAGCCGGACGCGUCAGAGCGAACUUUGUGCUACACCUAUAGUAAUAAGGAAGGUCAAAUCUCCUGCGCAAAGCUUCGCAUUUACGUCGAUCUACUGCACGAACUGGGCGUACGCGACCAGUUGCUAUCAUCUGCGUAA